ACCUCGACGAGAAGCAGUUGAAGGCGCUGCACACGAGGACGAAUCUGCGCAGGCUACUCGACUACGUGGCCAACAGCCAGGUCGAGAAAAUCGCCAAGAUGUGUGGCAAGGGCCUCGAUCCGAACUUUCACUGUCAGGACACGGGAGAAACGCCGCUUACCCUGGCGUCGACCCUGAAGAAAGCUUCGAAAGUCAUCAUAGCCCUGGUGAACGGCGGCGCGCUACUGGACUACCGAACGAAGGACGGCCUAACGGCGAUGCAUCGCGCCGUCGAGCGCAACAAUCUCGAGGCCGUGAAGACGCUGCUCGAGCUCGGCGCCAGUCCCAAUUACAAGGACCCCAAGGGCCUGACGCCGCUCUACUACAGCGUCAUCUACAAGACCGACCCGAUGCUGUGCGAGACGCUCCUCCACGAUCACGCCACGAUCGGCGCCCAGGAUCUGCAGGGCUGGCAGGAGGUUCACCAGGCCUGUCGCAACAAUCUCGUGCAGCACUUGGAUCACUUGCUGUUCUACGGCGCGGACAUGAACGCGCGCAACGCGUCGGGCAACACGCCGCUGCACAUCUGCGCGGUGAACAACACCGACUCGUCCUGCAUCAGGCAGCUGCUGUUCCGCGGCGCCCAGAAGGACGCCCUGAACUACGCCAAUCAGACGCCCUAUCAGGUGGCCGUGAUCGCCGGCAACAUGGAGCUCGCCGACGUCAUCAAGAACUACCAGUCCGACGAAGUCGUUCCGUUCAAGGGCCCGCCACGUUACAAUCCAAAGAGACGCUCCGUAGCCUUUCUCAGCCUGUCCACGAGCUGCUCGGCCGGCAAUCUCGGCACCCUGAGCAGGCUCGCCUCGCCGUCCGCGGUUGAUUACCAGCAGCCGCUCACCCCGUCCUCGCCCAUCGGCAUGAGCAUGAUGUCCGCCUCGAUGAUUUCGUCCUCGUCGACGGGCGGCGCCACCACGGGCGCCUCGUCCUCGGCCUCCUCCUCGUCCUCGUCGGCCAACAAUACGCUUACCCGGGGCAGCGAUCAGCGCCAGCAGCUGCUCCAAGACUUCCAUCAUCAGCUGCAUCAUCAGUCCAAUGCCAGCCGCGCGGUGUCGUCGGCCGAUGCCUUCCUGGCGGCCGGCCGCGCGGCCUCCACUCCGACCACAGAGCUCGUCGGCGGCCCCAACGCGGGUCCAACGACGGGCCAGCAGCAACAGCUACCGUCCAGUAAUAAUGUUAAUAGUAACGCUAGUAAUACAGGAGCCAACAGUGCACAAAAUACCAGUACCAUCCAGAGAAUUCCGUCCGAUCAUCAUCAGCAUCAUCAGCAUCAUCAUCAGAUGCAGCAUCAGAGAAUUAACAGCUCGGAUUAUCAGUGUCCCGCGCAGCUCAGGGAACACGCUGCGAGAUUACCGAGCUCCAACGAGUCGCACUACGGUCAGGCCCUGAACAGGCUUCACCAGGAACACCGCUAUGAGCUACAACAACAGCAGCAGCAACAUCAUCAUCAACAACAACAACAGCACCACCGCUACGACGGUGUGCAUCCGGGCGUGGGUGGUCUUAGACCCCUGGAAAUGCCACCGUCGCCGUCGCCCAGCAGUCGGAGCCUCGCGCCCUUCAGCUCGGCGAGCUCCAGUCUGUCCGAAGGUAGCAAUCAACCGUCCGGUGAAGAUUCGGCCAGCAUCGUCACAGACAAGAGCAUGGGCGACACGGCCUCGGACGUCAUAAGCGACAGCUCGGGCGUCGGCACGUCCCAGUCCGACACGACCAACAACUCGCUCACGAUACCCGGCACCACGGUCGUCUGCGUGGAGAACUACAGCAGCGGCAUACCCGGCCAUCUGUCCAUCAAUCAGGGCGACAUACUCGAAGUGACAGGAGCGACGGAUUGCGGCCUGCUCGAGGGUGUGCUGCGCGGCCAGGGCACGGGUCUGUUUCCGGCGCACUGCGUGCAAGAGGUCCGACUGCGCCACACGAGCGUCGUGCCGAUGAACAUGCCCGCGGGAGCCGGCGGCGGAGCGGGAGCAGGAGGAGGAAUCGUCAGCGCUCAGCAGCAGCAGCAGCAGCCGAUGGCGGCCAGCUUGGCGGCGGCGGCGGCACAGGCCGGCAGGAACCGGGUGCUCGGGCGUCGCGAGUCCCAGCACAACUUUUACUCGACGAAUUGCAGAAUAACCACGGAGCCGCGCACGGUGGUGCUGCAUCGCUCGCGCAAGGGCUUUGGCUUCGUUCUGCGCGGCGCCAAGUCCACCACGAAUCUCACCGAGGUCACGCUAUCGGCGAGGUAUCCAGCCCUCCAGUACCUCGACGACGUCGACGAGGGUGGCGUGGCCGACCUAGCGGGUCUGCGCAAGGGUGACUUCCUCAUACAGAUCAACGGCGAGGACGUGACCACAGCCCUGCACGAGCACGUGGUCGAUCUCAUACGCAAGUCCGGCGAGCUCGUGCGAAUGACCGUCGUGUCGCCGGUCCUGAGCCUGCCCAACUCCCAGUCGGCCGCCGCACUGCAGACUAGUCAGCCGCUACAGCGGCAAUACGCGACGCUGCCGCGCAAGACCAACAACAACAGCCUCGGCGUGGGUAACGCCGGCACCCUGGGCAGAUCGGGUCCAGCCCCGCAGCCGCCGAGACGCGACCCCAAGACGACCCUUAGCGUAGGUCGCGCGCGCGCCCGCUCGAUGGUCGCCGGUUUGGGUGGCGGCGAGAAGGACGAGCGCGACGAGAUGUCGACCAGCGGCGUCGGCUGCAUGAAGUCAAACAGUUCGGAGUCGCUGCAUCUGAGCCAGCAGGCCCAGCAGGCGGUCAACAAUCAGCCGAGGGUGGCCAGCAUACGCUCGAGACCCACGUCGUCGCGCAUAACAGCGGCCGAACUCGAGGAGUUAUUCCAGCGUCAGCAGGGCGUGCCACCGGUAAUCGGCAACGGCACGUCGAGCCUGAACACGAGGUACGGCUCGGCGAUGCACAUCAACCAGAUGAAGACGCUACCGGCGACGACGCAGCAUCAACCGCAGCAGCAACCAUCGCCACAACCGUCGCAAAAGAGUAAUAAGACGGGCAAAGUUUACGCGAGCGUGGCCGAAAUGAAGCGUAAAGGCAAAGUAAGGAUGAGAAAGGGAAAUCAAUGUAGCAAUUCGUCGCGAGUACGUUUCUUCGGGGGUCUCGGCGUCGGCGGCGGCUCGGAGCUGCGCCGCGACUUUCACAGCACACCCGACCUCCAGGCCGCGGCGGCAGCCCAAGCAGCUGCUCAGGCAGCCGCGAGCAUGUCGGCGACGGCGGCCUGCGUGAUCGGCUUCGGGGCCAAGGGCCACCGCAGCCAGGAGGACGUGAACAACGCCGCUAUCUAUCUCAGCCGCAACGGUGGCGGUUGUCUGCCACCGCCGAAUCAUCCGCCGCCUCCGCCGCCCGUUGGCCAACUGGUCAAGGUCAGCGUCGCCCAGGUGCCUGGUCAGCAGCAGCCAACCCAGGCCAACGAGGUCACCCCCGCGUCGGUAUACGACAAUAUGGCGCAUAUACAGCAAGUCAAGGAAUUAGCAGCAGCGACAGCGGAAAACAAUUACGGCGUGAUGUCGAGUUUCCGACCGUCCAACAACGCCAAACUCUACGCGUCGCCGGAGGACAUGAAGUCCGUCGGUUAUCGUCCGCGAAACAUGGCCGCGGCCAAUGCCAAUGCUGGAGUUAAUAACGCAAAUCUACAGCAGCAACAACAGCAGCAACAGCAACAACAGCAACAACAACAGCAGCAGCAACAACAACAGCAAAGAGGCCAAUUACGAAAAUCGCACAGUUUGCGCACGACGAAUAAUGCUGGACCCACCCAGGGACAGAAUCAGGCCAACGGUGACGUUAAGAAUGGCAAUCAGUACGCUCAACCUCUGAAAAAUGGUAGAAGCCACAGUACAGCCGGUCUGAUCCGCGAGAGAAAAAAGAAGUCGAACGGCAGUGUUGUGAAUACCGUAAAUGGAGUCAACGUACCACCGAUUCCCGAGCCCGACUACAGCCUCAGCGAGUCGGAUAACGACGAGGCACUGACCGACGAAGGCGAGGAGGAAAUCGCCAAGGAGCUAGAAAAGGCCGCUCAGAGAGAAAAGCUCGAGGCGGCUCGCGAGACCUCGGGCAAUUCGAACGCCUCUGCCGGUAGCGGAAGCAGCAACAGCAGCUCGUCCGGAUCGCUGCCACACUCGUUCAGCGUCGAGGAGAUUCAGAACGUGCGGAAACAACUGAAGACGCAACAAAUACUCGUCGAGGACGGCGACAAUAGUUCAAGUGGCGUCAGUUCCGAUCAAGACGUGCCGGUAGGACCUCCGACGGGUUUCGACGAUACGCAAGCUCGCAAAAAUGAAGCCAAUCAUCACCAUCAACAGCAGCAAAAUGCUCAUCAUAAAGCGCAAAACGAGAAAAACAGUGGCAUCGUUGUGACACAGACGACACAAUGUCCGCAGCAACAGCAGCAGCCGCAGCAGCAACAACAGAAACGAGUGACGUACGGCGGUGUUUUGACGAGGCACGCCGUCUCUUUGGCUCAAUUGCCACCACCCUUGGAGGCUGACGCCGAGGAGCAGAACAACGAUCUGUUCGUGCCACCGCCACCGGAAUUUAACGCAGACGGCACGCCGGUCGUACCAAGCGACGAGCUCGUGUUCGCACCGCCGCCGCAGUUCUCCGACAAUGGCAGGCAGCAGCAUCUGCAACAGCAGCAACAGCAGCACAGGGUGAAAAUAAUCGGCGCGAUACCGAAGAGCGGAUGCCAGGUUAAGCCGCCCAGCGGUAGGCUACACAGCCAAUGAAGAUUGAUCCGCGGUCGCGCGCUCGAGGUGAUCGAGGAGGUCACCAGAAUGGACUUUUAAAUAAAAAAAAGCCGUUAAAAGCUUUCAUCAAAGAUCCUCGCGUGCAAAGAGUAAAAAAUAAUGCAUAGGGCUUGGAAGAAUUUCAUGAAUUCGCUAGCACAGUGUGCCGUGGAGUUCCGAGUUUCUGCGAACCAGUUUCCAAUCGUUGGAGGCGAGGAUCAUUGGCGAAAAAAGUAAUGUGAACCGAAUGGUAUAUUUGAGAAAAUAACGACAAUCCGUGUCGAUGAUUACCGAGUGGUAAGAAAGCUGUAAAUCAAAAUGAUUUGAUUUCAUUCAUCGUGUUUAGUUUAAUUGUUUAAGUUGAGCUGGUAACCUCGUGACUCUUAUUUUAGUCCUGUCUAUAUUUAUUAUCCAAAUGAGACGUUCCGAGCUAUUUAGUUUCGAUUCGUAGUUAUGCUUAGGACGUAUGUUUUAUUACUAAAGAAUAAUCUUUUAGACUCGUCGUUUGUACAUUAUUGUCCUAAAAAUUUAGUUUUGUUUUUGUGCCAGCUGUGUUAUUAUUAAAUUUCCAAUGUUAUUUGUAAGAGUUUACUCAUAAUGUGUCUUUAAAAUAUCUAAUUCAAUUAGUUAUCAAUUUUUGUAUAUAAUUUGUGGUUUUAGUCAUUCUGAAUUAUAAGUUAUUCAUACGUAUUAUUAAAAGAAUAUUAAUUAUUUGUUAAGUUUAGGUGUGGAGUAAAAACUUCAGAUUUUUAGUUACGUGUAUUAUAUCGUUACGAAUUGCGAUCAUGUCGUUCGAUUUGUUUUUCGAGAGUCGUUUCGAUUUACAGUUUUGAUGAAACAAAACAAGAAAAAAAAAUUAUGAGCCGACUUUAAUGAAGAGGUGAAAUCGAUUGUUUUAAGAUUUCACGGGCAACGAACUCUUCCAGCAGAACACAUUUUUAAAUGUCUUACCAGAUCAUGGCGCAUACGAUAGAAAUUAAUCAAAUUUGAGAAUCUGUUAUCAAAAAAUUUUUAUUCAAAGUUUUUGUAAAAUACAAUUUUCGAUGAAAUUGUAAUUGACAUUUUGUAUCCAAUUAUAUUUUCUUUAUACAAGUGUAAAUUUAUUAAAAUAUGCAUUUUAUAGGAUGAAUUGAUACGAAAACAUUUUUCCCAAUGCUUUAGCAUCUUUCCAUGAUACGAACAAUGAUCCAACAAUUAUGCAUUUACCGACUGAAUGUAAUCGGACUACGUGUACAAGUGCACGCCGAAAUUCCAAUUAAAUACUGCAUAAAUUGUAAAGAUACUAAAAUCUUAUUAAAAAUUAAUGGGUAAUUUUAACUUGAAAAAGUAUUUCUAAUUAUUGUUUUUAAAAUAAUUAAAUACUAAAAUUUGCGAAUUUUGUUAUUAUGUUUCACGACCAAUUUUUAUAAUAAUAAUCUUUUUACCUUUGUAAAGCUUUGAGAAAAAGCGAAUUAAAUCUUCCAGAUGCACAAAAGUACGACAUUAAAAAAAAUGUGCUCGAAAUCGGCAAAAGUUUGAUAUAGUACAUUGAUAUCUUCGAGAUUGGAACUAGAACGGGAGUAUCAACAACUCUAUGAGUGCUUGCAUUGAACAUGUGUAUACUUAAAAAAGCGAGGCGCGACGCGACGCAAUACAAAACAAAAAAUAACUAAGAAGCAAACAAUUGUUUUUUUCAUACAUGUUUCAUGUACGUGUAUUUAUAAUACUUUUACGAUAAAAAAUAGCAGGUAUCAAAUAAAUGAUGAUGAAAAAAUUGCAAAAUAUCACAGGCAAUAAGGGUAAAUAUACAUCGUUGUCUAUCCAAAAUUAUGAGUGUAAUUUUCACAGAAAAAGUUUUACGCAAAAACGUAUAUGACUAAUCAACAAAACAAAAAAAAAAAUAAAGUAGCCGAAACAACGAAACCCGUGAAUUUACAAUUUGUAUCGUAUACACGAAAAACUUUUCUAAUACCAAUGUAUCUAUACUCAAAAAAUAAGAAGUUUGACAAAAAUCGUCGAGAAAAAGUUUUUUCAAGAGUAAAAGUCAUGUACCUAUAAUAUACUAGGCGUUGAAUACUUGCAUUUUCUGUUUAUCAAUUUAUUAGAUUUCUAAAGCCGAUAUUCCAUAAGAAACGCUCUGCACAUUCCGUCGCACUAUUUUCUUUUCGUGAAAUCAUCGUUCGAUGCUUGAAAAGCAAGGCUAAUUUCCUUCCAGAAAUUCAUAUAACGUGCGGUUCUUCUUGAAUAAUUCGCGUCACAAGUUAAACGAAGAAUGACAAAAAAAUUAAAUAAAAACUCAAGCAUAUAUGCACAUGAAGCGAUACGUCCAAGCACCUAUAAUAAUUGUGUGUAAAGCCACAUAAAUGGUUAUAUAAUUCAAGCAUACACAUAAAAAGUCAUUAGAUCCAAUAGUACGAUUAAUUUUAUUUUACUAUGGUUAUAAAUAAGACACGGAUGUUUUAAUGAUUAAAAUAAGCGCGGCUUAUUGUAAACGUGCGGCAUCGUAAAAAUAAAGAUGCCUGUAAUUAUUACUAAUUUUUAAUGUAAAACAUCUGUGUGUAGCUUUGUAAAAUAUAGAUCAUAGACUUUCGUACAAUAGGCGUCUUCGAAUAUUGUCAUUGUAUCAUUUUUCAAUAUGAUUAAUAGAGCGACUAAUCAAUCUUUUUCCUUUAACUGUAAGUUAUACGUCGCUUUGUAAUUUUUAUCAAAACAUAUUGUUUUCUCAAUCAUAUAUUUGAUUAAAAAUCCUCGUUGAUCGAAACAAAAAAAAGGCCGAUGUAAGCGAAGAUUAAUGGGCUGGUCAAGUCGUGUAAUAAAUAAUUAUUUCUCGUUGUAUAUAUCAAAUUAUAUAUUAUAUAUUAUAUAUAAAUUAUGAAGAAAAAGACUAAAUUGUAAGUUCAAACUUCCUUUUUUUUUCCUUCGUGCAAUUGAAAUUACGAAAUGAUUAAUAUUAACGUAUAUAGGGCCGAUAAACGCUGCGAAGCGAGUGCAGAAGUGUUGCAGAGGCGUCGUAAUGUAUGAACUAUUAUCUUAUAAUCCUACGAUGUGUACAUAACAUUGGAGCAUGUUGAAACAAAGAAUUAGUAUAAUAACUGAAUUUUACGUUUAUUUGUAAUAUCGUAACUUCGAUAAUUAUCCAUUAUUAAAUUUGAUAUACAUACACUGUAAUUAUUAUUGCUAUUAGGUUUUUUUCUUUUUAAUAGUGAAACUUUAAAAACGAUCUUUCGCACUCUCAUCAGUGCUGAAUACAUCCAAUUUUACGAAAGUAGAGUUAAAUAGCGUAAAGAUCCCCUUGAAGAAUGAAUUCCUGUGGUUUAGUCAUCGCAGGUAAAAAGAGUAAAAGUGCAGAUUCGAAUGUGAACUUAUAUGUAAUGUUAAGGUUAAAAAAAAAAAGUGUAGGCUCUAUUGAAAUCGGACGAAUUCGACCGUAACAAGCCCAUACAGAAACUUUUGGAUGACGGCGAUCAUGAUGCGCGUGAGACGUAUGUAAUUUUUUGAUGUUCUUCAAACUGCGAAUAUUAGAGUUUUAGAUAUAGAUUUUUUCUAAAUCAUCGUCAUUAAAAAAAAAAGUUAAAAUAAAUAAAUGAACUUUGCUAGUGAAAAAAAAAUAAUAAAAAUAAAUAUAUUAUCCCACGAUUACAGCAAUGCGCAAGCACAAACUUUGUGAGUUCGUUUAAUAAUUUUUCUUCGUGUCUUCCAAAGUUUCCAAUGUACGAACUGUGUAACAGUUUUCAUAAGUAAGUUCGCUGCUUCAGUUAGUUUUAUUAUACCUGUCAAUGAUGAUGAAAAAAAAAGUAAGAGAAAAAACAGAAAGAAAAUUCCGUUACGUUUCUAUGUGCAUUAAUUUAUU